AUGAAGUUUUUAAUAGCGAUAUCUUGCCUGCUGGCUCUAUCUGCACCUACAAGGGCGACUGGAUCAUUGGAUGGACUUGUUUACGCACCGGGGCACGCGUCCGCUGAUUACUAUACUUACCCCAGCUAUGCCUUCGAGUACGCAGUAAGGGACCCCCACACCGGUGAUAACAAGGCACAAUGGGAGAAGCGUGACGGAGAUGUCGUAACCGGUGCAUACUCCCUGGUGGAGCCUGAUGGUAGCAUACGAGUGGUGGAAUACCGAGCUGACGACAAAUCUGGUUUUAACGCGGUCGUCAAACGCAUCGGCCCGAAUCUGCACCCGGUAUCACAGCCAAUUUACAAAGCGCCGAUUCCAAGUCUGGGACAUGCUGCUGCACCAGUUAUUGUUGGUUCCGUAGCGGGCUUGGGUGGUCUUGCAAGCGCUCCAUACUACAGUAAACCUUAUUAUGGCAACGGUGCUUAUUCGUCUGCGUCGAUAUAUAAACCUGCGAGACCGGUCGUGAAGGAGAUAGCCCCAGUUGCCCCAAUCCUACCAGCUCCAGCUCCCAUUGCUCCUAUACUCCCAGCGCCAGUUUAUUCAGCUCCAGCUCCCAUUGCUCCUAUACUCCGAGCGCCAGUUUAUUCAGCUCCAGCUCCCAUUGCUCCUAUACUCCGAGCGCCAGUUUAUUCCGCUCCCGCUUUACCGGCACCAUUGCCUUUGGCACCUGCUUACUAUCCUCGCCCACGAAUACCUAUACCGAUUCCAUACAACCCAUACAGUUCAUACAAUUCGAACUACGACCUGUAUUCCUCUCCACUAAGCUACCACUAG